GAAUCCCUUCGUCCCCAUUGAAACACUAUCAUCACCAACAUCAAAGCACCUGCAAGAACUGAACGAGAGAGAAGGAGGGAGAAACAAAUGCAACCAACAAGUGGCGGUGGAGGUAACACUGGACUGAGUCGAGGUGGACUCACUCGGUUCCGCUCAGCUCCGGCGACUUGGUUGGAAGCUUUACUCGAAUCCGAGGAAGAAAACGACGUUGUCCUCGAUUCUCUAAAGCCACCACCGCCAACAUCCCAGUCCUUGUCUCAGCUUCCUCAGCCCAGCUCAGCCACCACGCCCACCUCCAGGUUCGUCGAUCAGGGGCUGUUCGAGACCGGUGGCACGAGUUUUCUCCGCCAGAACAGCUCUCCGGCGGAGUUUUUGGCUCAGAUCAAUUCUGGGUCUGAUGGGUACUUCUCAAACUUUGGGAUUUCGACGAAUUACGACUACAUCUCGUCGUCUGUCGACGUGUCUCCUUCCGGCAAGCGAUCUAGGGAGGAAGAUUCAGGUCACCCUUCUGCCAAAUUGUCAUCUCAGUUGAAAGGAGAGCAAAGUGGACAGUUACAUGAUGGAAUGGGUGGUUUCUUGGAUGCUGACAUGGAGAAGCUUUUGGAGGAUGCAGUUCCGUGUCGGGUUCGUGCCAAGCGCGGUUUUGCUACUCAUCCUCGCAGCAUUGCUGAGAGGGUACGGAGGACACGAAUUAGUGAUAGAAUAAGGAAGCUUCAGGAACUUGUACCCAAUAUGGAUAAGAUACUUUUCCACUGUGCUAUAGCCUAUAUGUAGUGGAUUGAGGGGCACAAUCCCACAAUUACAACACAUACAAGCAAGAAGAGGAAAGGGAAUCAAAAUCACAGGAAUGUACAAAGAAUUUAUAUGGAUCCCCCAAAAUCA